UUUAUAAUCAUCAACAAAGAUUAUAAAAAUUUUAAUUCAAAUCAACAACUACGACAUAGGCUAUGUAAUAUAGCCAUGUAUACAAUAUCAAUGUGCCUUUUAUUUUUUCUUUUAUUUACGAUGGUUAUCGUUUUGAUGCCAUCAUCAUCACUACCAUUAUCAUUAUCAUCAAAUUUGAAUCAUUCAGAUUUAUUAAAUGAUUCAUCAUCAUCAUCAGUGAAUAAAUCCAAAAUAAAUAUUGAUGAUAUAUUUAUAACAGUAAAAACAACAAGAAUAUUUCAUAAAUCACGUUUAGAUAUUAUCCUUGAUACAUGGUAUACAUUGGCAAAAAAUCAGACUUAUUUUUUCACCGAUAACAAUGAUCCAUAUUAUCGAAAAAAACUUGGUAAUCAUAUUGUCAAUACGAAUUGUUCGGUUUCACAUAACAGGAAAGCAUUAUGCUGUAAAAUGAGCGUCGAAUUUGAUUAUUAUAUUGAUAGUGAUAAAAAAUGGUGGUGCCAUUUUGAUGAUGAUAAUUAUGUAAAUAUACCAAGAUUAUUAUCAUUAUUACAACAUUAUGAUCCAAUGUAUGAUUGGUAUCUUGGUAAAACCAGUAUAAAACAUCCACUUGAAAUUGAUGAUCGUGAAUUUAAGAAAAAAAUUCAUUUUUCAUUCGCUACUGGUGGUGCUGGUUUCUGUAUAUCAAGAUCAUUGGCAUUAAAAAUGAUUUCGGUAGCAAGUAAUGGACAAUUAAUUUCCGUUGGUGAUCGUAUACGUCUACCGGAUGAUGUUACAAUUGGUUACAUCAUUGAACAUAUGUUAAAUAAAAAAUUAACAGUAAUUGAAGAGUUUCAUUCACAUCUUGAACCGAUGGCAAUGUUGGAAAAAAAUUUACUCAAAAAUCAGGUUUCAUUCAGUUAUUCGGGUAACAAUCUGAAUCGAAAUGUUUUACAACUUAAUCAACUUGAUUCAAUUCAUAAUGAUUCAACAAGAUUUUAUUCGCUACAUUGUUAUCUGUUUCCCGAAUUAUGUCGAUGGAAAAAUCAUCGUUAAAUAAUAAUUUUCAAGUGGCCUUUUUCUCAUUCACAAUUUUGAAUUUCAUUUUGAUUUUUAGAAAGCUUUAUAUUGUUGUUCUUUAUCAACAUUAC